UGUAACCUUAGAUCACGAUUCUGUCCCAGACCUCGAUGCGUUGUGAAUAGUUGUGAAUUUGCAACCAUGUCGGGCAACGCAAUUGAAUUAGACGAACAAGAUGAAAUCAAACUGCCCGGCUCCAGCGUCGCGUUGGAAAUCCUCAGCAACUGCCAGUUCGAAUCGCUGCAGGGCAAAGUUUGCGAGAACACCCUGAAAGCUAUCGCGGACAUGGAAUUUACAACGAUGACCGAGAUACAGGCCAAGAGCAUUCCGCACCUGCUCGAAGGGCGGGAUUUGGUCGGCUCAGCCAAGACGGGGUCGGGUAAGACUCUCGCGUUCCUCAUUCCCGCCAUCGAACUGAUAUACAAGGCGAAAUUUAUGCCUAGAAAUGGUACCGGGGUUAUAAUAAUUUCUCCUACGCGGGAGCUGUCGAUGCAAACCUUUGGCGUGCUCAAAGAACUCAUGAAGUAUCAUCAUCACACUUAUGGAUUAGUCAUGGGCGGCGCCAGUAGGCAAAGCGAAGCGCAAAAACUCGCGAAGGGGGUCAAUAUUUUAGUGGCCACACCCGGCCGAUUGCUGGACCACAUGCAAAACACCGCCGAGUUCCUCUACAAAAAUCUCCAGUGUUUAAUUAUCGACGAGGCCGAUAGGAUACUGGACAUCGGGUUCGAGGAGGAAAUGAAGCAGAUAGUGAAGUUGCUACCAAAAAACCGACAAACGAUGUUGUUUAGCGCGACCCAGACGCAGAAAACCGAAUCCCUGACGUCGUUGGCGCUAAAAAAGGAGCCCAUGUACGUGGGGGUGGACGACACCAAGGAUCAGGCGACUGUGUCUGGUUUGGAACAAGGCUACAUAGUGUGUCCUUCGGAGAAGCGAUUUCUCGUGUUGUUUACUUUCCUGAAAAAGAACAGGAAGAAGAAAAUCAUGGUUUUCUUUAGCUCGUGCAUGUCGGUCAAGUAUCAUAACGAGCUGUUGAACUACAUUGAUCUACCGGUCAUGUGCAUUCACGGAAAACAAAAGCAAACGAAGAGAACGACGACAUUUUUCGAGUUCUGUAACGCAGAGUCGGGCACGUUGCUCUGCACGGACGUCGCGGCGAGAGGUCUGGACAUCCCGUCGGUUGACUGGAUAGUGCAGUACGAUCCGCCGGACGAUCCCAAAGAGUACAUCCACCGGGUGGGUCGCACGGCCAGAGGGGAGGGCGGCAGCGGCCACGCGCUGCUGAUAUUGAGGCCCGAAGAGUUGGGAUUCUUGAGGUACCUCAAGCAGGCAAAAGUGUCCCUGAACGAGUUCGAGAUCAGUUGGAAUAAAGUGUCCAAUAUCCAGUUGCAGUUGGAAAAUUUGAUCAGCAAAAAUUACUACCUGAAUUUGUCGGCCAAAGAGGCGUUCAAGGCGUACGUCAGGGCGUACGACUCUCACCAUUUGAAGUUGAUAUUCGACGUGAGCACGCUGGACCUGACUAAAGUGGCGCAGUCGUUCGGAUUUAAGGUGCCGCCCGCGGUCGACCUCAACGUCUCGGCCAAAAAGGUCAAGAGGUUGGAGAAGACGAGGAAAGGAGGCGGCGGAUUCGGCUACUACAAGAACAUGAACUCUCUGUCGGAAAGUGGGGUCAGAAAAAACGUCAUCUACAGGCAGCAGGGCAAGAAAAAGGGCGGUAGGGACCGGAGGCAGUUUUCGCGUUAGUCGCUUUCCUCUGCGAAAAUAUAAUUUUUAUUUACUUUUUUGCGUAUUAUUUUGGACUAAGUGACAUUUGAAAGAAUGAAUAAAAGUUACAGAAAUCACCUAAAACGGAAUCAUAUCUAUUUUAUAUG